AUGGGUAAUUUACACUACCGAAUGCCUACUACUUUUGGGCCAUUCCCAGGACCGCGCCAAUCGUUCGACGGACGUGCUCGUGACGGCUCUGGAAUACGCAACGUGGAAGCCUUCAUCACAUUCAAGACCAAGCAAUCUGAUCUUGUCAGUCUCUUGCCCCCUGCUUUCUCUUUCCAGAAACCGGGCCCGGAAGCCUAUGUCAGCAUCACGGCCAAACGCCUAGAUAAUCUAGAGUGGCUUGCCGGCCGUGGAUAUAACCUCCUAAGCGUCUAUAUCCACGGCGUGCAAUACAUGACGGAAGGAGACGGCAGAGCAUAUCGGGGCACAUAUCUUCCCGUGCUCUGGGAGGAUAUGGCAGACCCGAUUAUUAGCGGGCGGGAGGAGUUGGGUUUUCCGAAGCUAUACGCGGAUCUCAACAUCUCGCAAACAGAAAGCCUCCACGCGGAAGAAAAUCAGGACGGGAUGGGGUCCCGGCGGCUGGCACCCCCUGAAGCUGGGGUCGAUGAGGGGAUCCUUCUAUGGCGCUACAUGCCUUCGACGGGGCGGCCUGGGCAAGCAGAUGUGGAGUACCCCGUCUUUGUCUCACAUGCAGAAGAAGCAAAGAAGCAGCAAGCUAGGGUGAUCAAGAGGUUGGUUGCGGGGGAGGGGGAGGGGGAAUUCAAGUGGUAUCCUUUGGACUGGCAGGCUUUGCCGACGUUGCACCACAUCGUCGCGCGGCUGGAACGGAUCCAGACAUUGAAUCUUGUCGCCUGCGGUCUCGUGGAGAAGGUCGGCGGAGGUGAUCUCUCUUCGGCAAGGAGAGUUGGAAGCGAGCAGUCGAGUUUGUAAGCCGGACGAACACCCAUCAGAGAUAGUUUUUUUCCCUUCUUCUAAUAUUCGCCGAAUUCCGAGCCUCGAGUGAGU